GCAUGCGCAGUGGGGGGCUCGCCACUGCGCCCUAAGUGAGCCCUCCUCGUCACUGUCGUCAGCCAAGCAGCCUGGUUUAAAAACAGGCGAGGUGGUCAACGCUCCCCCUGCCUCCCCCUCCUCUUCCUCUUCUUCACAUUUGGUACCUCCUGCGCAUCAGGUGUCAAAAACCGUUCUUCCAGUCUGAGGUGGACCGAGUGGAAGUGGACUCCAGUCACUGGAGUAAUUUCAUCCAUAGAACUUUGAUCCCCACCCCCCUCACAUGACAUGAUGACAGUGGACUUCGGGUGGCCAUUUCGUCUUUUUUUGCUGCCAAGUGCGAUAAUCUUCAGCGCUGUGCUAUGCGCACAUUCACUCUACAAGAACCGCUACGCUGGCGAUCAAGUGUUCAGAAUAAACCCAAGUAACAGCGAAGAGGUUGGCACACUAAAAACCAUUCUAGAAAGCAUGAAGGUGGACUUGUGGCAGCCUAAUAGCGUUUCUCUGAUCGGUUGGAAUGCGACGGUGGACGUGCACAUGAAACGCAGACACACGCAACGACUCCACGCCGCCUUAAAGCAGGAGCGUAUAAAGUACAGCGUUUUUAUCUCUAAUCUGCAGCAGGAAAUUGAAAAGCAAACAAGACUUCGCUCGUCCCGCAAGCGGCGGUCAGAGAGUCAAUACGACUACGAGAUCUACCACUCCUUGGAGGAGAUUCAGAGGUGGAUGUUUGACAUGAACACAACGCACUCCAACCUGCUCAACAUGUUCUCCAUCGGGAAGUCAUACGAAGGACGGCCCCUUUACGUCCUUCAGCUAGGAAAGAGAAGUCGGGCGCAGAAAAAAGCCGUCUGGAUCGAUUGCGGGGUCCACGCCAGGGAGUGGAUAGGACCGGCCUUCUGUCAGUGGUUCGUCAAAGAGGCGCUUAAUUUGUACCGAUACGACACGGCAAUGAGACGACUGCUCAACCAGCUCAAUUUCUACAUUAUGCCCGUCUUCAACGUGGACGGAUACCACUUCAGCUGGACUACGGAUCGCUUCUGGAGGAAGACGCGAUCCAGAAAUGGCAAGUUCCACUGUCGGGGAGUGGACGCCAACAGGAACUGGAAAGUCAAAUGGUGCGAAGAGGGGGCUUCUUCUCACCCCUGCGACGACACCUACUGCGGGCCCAACCCCGAAUCGGAGCCAGAAGUAAGGGCUGUCGUCAAGUUCCUGCGCAAGCACAAGAAGCGCGUCAAGGCCUACAUUUCUGUGCAUGCGUACGCCCAGAUGCUCCUCUACCCAUAUUCCUACAAGUACGCCGCCAUCCCUAACUUUAACUGCGUGGAGUCGGCAGCUCACAAUGCAGUGAAAGCGUUAUAUUCAGCCUAUGGAGUCAAGUACAGAUAUGGACCUGCUUCUACGACCCUUUACGUUAGCUCGGGCAGUUCCAUAGACUGGGCCUACAGGAAUGGGAUCCCAUACGCAUUCGCCUUCGAGCUGCGAGACACGGGCUACUUCGGCUUCCUGCUUCCAGAGACCCUCAUCAACCCCACGUGCAACGAGACCAUGCGGGCAGUUAAGGCCAUCGCAUUGGGCCUGCUCAAGAAGUGCCACACGGACACCGAAGCCUUCCCGUACAUAUGAAUGCACUCGCCGUGCAGUGUUUCGACCAUGACAAUACACAACAUCAGGACGAUAAGCUGCCAUUGAAGCACUUGUCAACACGUUUUGUUAAAAUUCAACAACAUUCAAAUGACCUGCUUGAAACUAGUGGAUGCAAACGUUACAAUUGCCUUCAUUACUGCAACAUUGUCUGGGUAUCUCAGUUGCUAUCUGUGUCUUUUAGUGUCAUUAGGAUAGGUCGUUGUACCUUUUCAGUUAUUGCUCACUUAUGCAUCAAACAUUUUGAACUUGUGAUAUAUUGUGUAAAUGUGUGAUCAUGUGCUCGAAUACUUUUUCUUAGACGAGUUGGGCUGCUUAGACCAUAUUGUUAAGAACAUUGGGGGGUUCACUUCCCCUUUAAGGAACCCUGACC